GAUAAAGCUUUAUUUUUAGAUGGUCCAGAAGGUUAUUUUGAUCAACAUAGAACCAGAGUAAAAACUUCAAACAAUUCAAUGGUUCAAGCACCACCUCUCGAAUAUGAUGAGCUUAAUAGUUUUGUGUUAUUAAGUGGAUUCUUGCACAAUAAGGAGAAACAAAAAUUGAUAAACACCUAUAAAGAGAUGUAUACACAGUGGUAUUUCGAGUUGAGUGAAGGGUUUAGUCUUGUUUUCUUUGGUAUCGGAUCUAAAAGAAAACUUUUAUUGGAUUAUGCGGAAGAAUAUUUAACUAAAAUGGUUGAUGCUCCUACUAUUGUUGUCAAUGGUUAUAAUCCAGCUACAGUAUUCAAAGAAGUUUUGAUGACUAUUGUUUCAACUUUGAAUCUAAAAAAAGUUCCUAAAAGACUAGGUGACCUUGUUGAUCAUAUUGUUGAAUAUUUCCAAAAAAAAGAUCAUUCCAUAGCCAAACUAAUUUUAUUGAUUCAUAAUAUUGAUGGUCCUGGAUUAAGAGAUGAGAAAACGCAAGUAUACUUAUCAAAACUUGCUUCAAUUAAACAAUUUUAUGUGCUGGUAUCAGUUGAUCAUAUAAAUGCACCUUUGUUAUGGGAUUCAGUCAGUUUAAACAACUUCAAUUUCCUAUGGCAUAACACCACCACAUUUGCAGAUUAUUUAACAGAAACUUCAUUCCAAGAUUUACUGACAUUAGGUCAAACACAAAAAUCAGCUGGUUCAAAAGGUGCUAAAUAUGUUUUAUCAUCGUUGACUACCAAUUCAAGAUCACUAUAUAGAGUUCUUGUUUCAAAUCAAUUACAAAAUAUGGAAGAUGAUCUCUCUUCUAAAAAAGUUCAAAAUGAUAAUCAACUGAAAGGUACUAUUAAGCAUGCAUUGGAGUACAAAAAAUUCUACACUUUGUGUGCAGAAGAGUUCAUUUCAAGUAAUGAGAUCAAUUUCAGAACUAUGUUGAUGGAGUUUGUUGAGCAUAAGAUGGCUGUUUUAACUAAGGAUCAGAGUGGUACAGAGAUGGUAUUCAUCCCUUUCAGCUUAGAAGAACUACAAAAACUAUUGGAGGAUGAGUUA